UUUACAUGACCUUUUGAUACAGGCUUUGUGUCCUUUUUCAAAGUCACUACAAUCAAAAUGUUUAAAGUGACGGUUAUAUUUCUUGUAUUCGGAACUUUUGCCUGGAAAGUAUUUGCAGAAAAUGUAGAUAUUAGUGAUGGAAGAGUGUCUGACAUACAUUCUACGGUCGAAUCGUUAUUUCGGAGGGUCGAGUCCUUACAAGUGAAGCAGGACACGCCAUAUAUUCCGCCAAUGUUCUGGCAGAAACAUAGGGGAAUGUGGGAAAGUGACGUCAGAUUCUAUUUUCAUGGUCACGAAGAGCUAUUUUUGUUCAGGGAAGCGUUCAGCAUUUAUGACGACAACAUGUUCGCAACAGCAUGGAUUACGUCAUGUUUGUUAGAGUCGUUUAGAUACGGAAAUGGUCCGAAGCCUUCCGAAGAAAUGAUAACCGCGGCAGUAUUAGCCAUAGAAGAAUACCACAAUAAGAAUGUUAACUAUUCUAAUUCUUUGAUGACAUUCUGGCCUCAAAAGUACAACGAAACUUACAAAGCUUGGACUAGCUACCCGGUUAAUUUACAUCAUUUCUUUGAUCUUGCUGCUUCUUUUAAUGCAACAACUCUGGAGGAAAUCCUUGACAAGAUCGGCCUUAAAGAUAUAGCAGAGAUUAUGGAAAGGUUACUAAGAAGCGAACGAGGAUACCUCCACGCGUUCAUGAUCCCUCCAGAUUUCGACGAUACUUUUGUCAAUUUGGGUCUUGGUUCUUUACUAGCGGAAAUGAAAGAACAUUUCCCCGCUUCGCAUGCGCAAUGGCAAUCCCAGAAUACAAACGUCACUUCCGUUUUCGACGCACUGAAGAAAUAUGCUUACAGACCAAUGUCCUCCAACAAAGCGAUAAAUUCGAUAGACGGUCGUACAUACUUCUAUCUGAGAUACUUCCUUGAAAAGGCGAAAAAUAAUGGAGAGGACAUUGCAUUAGUUCCUACAUGGAUCCAAGACGCUGAUGAACUCAAAACUUGGGGACCGCGUGGAGUCAAUAUGCCACUGAAUGCGAACAAUAUCGAUGUAACUGUGGCGGCUAAUGGGGUGUUCGGGACCACGUCCUCUAUAUUGAAUGGUGUGGUCGACGCUAAGAUACUGGAUGACCCCGAAAUACAGCAAAUAUACGUGAAUACAUCAAAUCUGAUAGCGUUCAUGAUAGAGACCAACUUCAGUUCACGCCAUGACCUGGCACUACUUUACUACCCCUCAGCCAUAGAGUUCUACUGGUUUGUUGCAAGAACAUACGGGGAAAUUAGGAGGAAGGAAAACCAAGGUCCUUUACCACAUCCAAUUUUAGAACAUGUGAAAAUCGUGUUAGACAAAUCUCUACACGUGCAUAUGACGUCAGCGGUUCUGAACCAGUCACACAUCGACAGCGAUGGCAGUAUGUACUUUGAUGACUUUGUUGGAGACGGGGACUUGGAUGCAAAGAACAAUACUGUGGUACGUGGUCAAGACCGUCUUUUCACUACGGGAAUGGCCAUGAAUGCUCUACUUAGCACGUGGACAGUAUUUGAUGAAAAUUCUAAAAAGCUCUUCUGGGAAAAAGAUACUCCUCAAAGUGUGAAGGACGUGGUAUCCAAGUCAGCCAUGUUCCUGGAGAAAAACAUAUUCGGAUUGUCUUAUCAACCGUGGAAUGCCUUUUUCUCAGGAUCUGUUAAAGGAGAAACGACACAUGCUUCCUACCCCGUGAACCGUAUAAAUAGCUCAGAUCCCAACCACUACGACCGGAUGUUGGCGUGGGAAGGUGUGGUUUCGGAGGAGGAGUACCAAAACUUACUGAAGAAAAAAUGGUUCGGUCGCCAUAGUCCGAUAGAUUUCCAUGGUUACAAUAGCUACCCAGAUUACUGGCCGUUCUGGAGUUCAGAACCGUAUACAUAUGUAACCACGAUGCUUGCCUUAUCUAAGUUUUCCAACACCUACGAUUCAAAUGUGUUUGAUAAUAAUUAUAACGUUUACUAAUCCUUGUCAUAAUGGUUACGAUUAAUUCUGCCUUUGCGACCAGUGUAGAUCAUGAUAAGCAUGGACAUCCGUGCAGUCUGGUCAUGAUCUUCACUAUCCGCCAUUCUGUCAGUAUCUUUUCGGUAAGCACCCUUUUUAACAGUCAAUGGUUUUGUCAAGAUUAAAAGAUGGACAAGUUCAUUAUAGAAAUUUAGCUGGGUAAGGGGUAACCAUUAUUAUGUCAAACUUAAUACGGACAAAACCCUCCCCCGGACAAAAUCCCCCUGCUCAGUUUGACCAAGACGGACUAGACCCCCCCACACACCUUUCAUUUUUACCAAUAAUGUAAAAAAAAAGCGGUGUAGGGGAUUUUGUCCGCCUUGGCCAAACUGAGCAGUGGAAUUUUGUCCGGGGUGGGUAGGGGAAGAAGUGCCCUAUAUUCCUGUCCGACAUGUAUCUUGUAUUUGCAUGGAGUGCAUCAUGAAAUAUGAAACAAAAAUGUAUCCAAUAAAAUCUAUCUAGCA